CCUUGCAGAAGGAUUUAUCUUUUGGAUAGAUCAAAAGCAAAUGUUCUCCAUUGGGUCCAAAAUAAGAAUUUUUGCCAACUCAUUUUGAAGUCAUUUUGGAUGAGAUUAAGGAUCUCCCAUUGGAGAUAGUCUUAUUAUUUGCUUACUGUUAACCCCUAUUAAAUUCAUCAUCCUCUUGAUUUGAUCUGUUUCAUUUAUUACAUAGAUCCCUAAUUAAUUUCAUCCUUUUUGACACAUUUCUACUUCCUAUAGCAGCAUCCUUUCUUCUUCUUCCCACACCAUUUUUACUUCUUUUUGCUAAGAUUCUCAAGGGUUCAUUGCACACUGUAUAAAAGAGUGUCCAGAAGACCAUUUUAGCUUACGUCAUCUUCUGAUUCCAGCAAUGCAAGAAUAAAAGUUGGGGUUUUGACCACUUUGACCUUGAUUUCAAAGUAUUUUGAGGAUCCAUUUCAUCAUUUGGGCUUGUGGGUCUGUUAAAAAUUUGAUCUUUUUUGGUACCCUUGUACUGGGUACUUUCUUUAUGAAGUUUGGUGAAAUUAGUAGAGAUGAGUGUUGAAGAUUGUAGCAUAGAGGGGAGGUCUAAAAGCUUUCCAGGAAAGAGUGGAUUUGAAGAAGAUAACUUUCAACAGUCUAACUCCAUUGACUUGAAUAUGAAGAGUUGUGUAAAUAUGGAGAAGGAUCACUUGCCUAAUGCCGAAAUCCAGAAUUCAUUGAGAACCGAGAUUCUGCAGCUUGAGAAAAGAUUACAAGACCAAGUUGCUGUUCGUGGCGCGCUAGAACAAGCAUUGGGUUAUAAAUCGUCCUCCUGCGAGAUUACGAAUCAAGCCUCUAUACCAAAGACGGCGACAGAGUUGAUCAAGGACAUUGCGGUUUUAGAGUAUGAAGUUUCACAUUUGGAGCAAUAUCUUCUCUCGUUAUACCGUAAAGCAUUCGAUCAACAAAUUCCGUGUCCAUCUCCAUUAAGAAGUUGUGAACCACUAAAAUCACCAUUGACGACCCCACCACGGAAGUAUCUUGAAACUUCACGGUCCGUCAUUUCAUCAAAACCAGAUAAAGGAAGCAUUGUAGAAGAAGAUGAAGAUGAUAUUGUUUUAGAUUCUAACGUUCAUCGUUGUCACUCUUCGUUAUCUCAACAUUCGCUUUUAUCAGCCGAAACUCCCACAGAGACUCUUGGUAAAGCGUUACGCGCUUGCCAUUCACAACCGUUAUCCAUGACGGAGUACGCGCAGAAUAAUACUGCGAAUGUGAUUAGUCUGGCUGAACAUCUCGGAACCAGGAUUUGCGAUCAUGUUCCCGAAACGCCUAACAAGCUAUCGGAGGAUAUAAUCAAGUGCAUGUCGGCUAUAUAUUGUAAACUUGCGGACCCACCUCUUACAAAUAAUGGGAUUUCAUCUCCUACAUCCUCUUUGUCAUCAAUAAGCGCUUUUUCACCGAAAGACCAUUCGGAUAUGAUGUGGAGCCCGGGGUUUAGAAGGGAUUCGUCGUCUUUUGAUGUGAGAUUAGAUAACCCUUUUCAUGUUCAAGGGCUUAAGGAGUUUAGUGGACCUUAUAGUACAAUGGUUGAAAUCCAAUGUAUUUAUAAAGAUGGCCAGCAAUUGGGCGAUACAGAACAUAUGUUACAAGAUUUCAGGUCACUUGUUUCGCGAUUAGAAGAAGUAGAUCCUAGUAAACUGAAGCACGAGGAGAAACUAGCGUUUUGGAUCAAUGUACAUAAUGCAUUGGUGAUGCAUGCUGUUUUAGCUUACGGGAUUCCACAAAACAACAUAAAGAGAGUCUUUUUGCUAUUAAAAGCUGCGUAUAACGUUGGCGGUCACGUGGUGAGCGCAGAUGUAAUCCAGAACUCCAUUCUUGGAUGUAAAACAUCUCGUUCCGGAAAGUGGCUUCGGUCGUUGUUAUCUUCGAGAACUAAAUUCAAAACCGGAGAUGCCCGCCAAGGUUACGCAAUCGAUCAUCCGGAACCCCUUUUACACUUUGCACUUUCUUCAGGGUGCCAUUCUGACCCCGCGGUGCGUGUGUACACCCCAAAACGAGUGAUUCAAGAACUCGAAACAGCAAAAGAAGAAUUUGUGCGUGCUACGUUUGGUGUAGCAAAGGAUCACAAAAUUCUUUUACCGAAAAUUGUCGAGAGUUUCGCCAAAGAUUCGGGAUUAUGCGCCGGUGGUGUGAUGGAGAUGAUCCAACAAUGUUUACCCGAACCGAUAAGGAAAAACAUAAAGAAACAUCAACCGACGAAAUCACGCAAGAUGAUCGAAUGGGUUCCUCAUAAUUUCGGGUUUAGAUAUCUUAUUUGCAAGGAGCUAGUGAAGUGAUUGUCUAAUAUUCUUGUGAAAAAUGAGAAAGUAUAUUGGUUUUAAUUUUUAAUGAUGUUAACCUUUUUAUUUUAAUUUAGAAAUGCAUGUAAAUU